UUAAUAUACCUCAUUAGAUUCGUCUCGUAAAAUAGCCUAGGUAUUAUGGAAUAUGUUUUAUCAGUAAUUUACGUUUAAUACUCCUAAAUAACAAGAUUUUAGAGGAGUAUUUAAUACCCUGAGGAUACCCAUGUGUUCAAGUUCAUGAAGGAUUCGAUCAAAUCAGGAAGAGGCAGCGCCGGCCGAGUAGUGGAGAAGCAACCCAUCGCACCGUCGCCGGCGGCGGUGCGGCGGCGAGCACCCAUGGAGGUGACCCUCCGCCGGUUCGAGCUCUCCGACGUGGACGCCAUGAUGGCGUGGGCGUCGGACCCGGCGGUGGCCGCCUUCUGCCGCUGGGAGCCGUACCAGUCGACGGAGCCCCUGCUCGCCUACCUCCGCGACACCGUGCUCCCGCACCCGUGGUUCCGCGCCAUCUGCCUCGCCACCGGCGCUGGCGCCGGCGACGGCGACGGCCGCCCCGUCGGCGCGGUGUCGCUGGCGCCGACGGCGGACGCGUGCCGCGGGGAGCUCGGGUACGUGGUGGCGCGCGCGCACUGGGGCAAGGGCGUGGCGACGGCGGCGGUGAGGCGCGCCGUCGCCGCGGUGCUCGGCGGCGAGGUGUCCGGGCUGGCGCGCGUGGAGGCGCUCGUCGACGUGGACAACCGGGCGUCGCAGCGCGUGGUGGAGAAGGCCGGAUUCCGGCGGGAGGGCGUGCUCCGGCGACACUACUGGCACAAGGGCCGCGUCAGGGACUUGGUCAUGUACAGCUUCGUCUCCUCCGAUCAACUCGCCGAGUAAUAAUCACGCAGAAGUCGCAAACUGGCAACGCAAAUACUAAUAAUCUUUGUACGAUCUGUGUACCAAAUCUUUCGUUCUUUUCUUUUUCCGGCUUUGUACAAACAUGUUUCGUGAUGCAUACUUUAAAAACUUGUUGGCUGUGUGGUUGUGACAGAAUCAAGAAUUUAAACCAUUUUCAUUAUUAAAAAAACA